CUUUCCUCUUUGGGAUCAUUUUAUCCUAAACCGAGUCCAGUUGAAGCUCAACCGGAAUUGGGACAACCGUAAAUCCGUUAUGAAUUUGCUCGCUAUAAACUAUCGAUGCACAUCAACGGACGCCGGUUCCACCUUCAAUCUAUUCACAUGGCGGAAUUCUAUUUUCAUGGGUAGGAAGGGUAUUGGCCUCUGCAAUUUACGAAGGGUUCUCCCAGCUGGAUUAUCUUGUAGAUCAAAUGUAAAGACAAAAGUUUGUGCAAAGCGGAAAUCCGCGAGGAGAUUGGAAAGAAAUCGUGAGGAAGUUUCUAUAACGUCCUCUUCUGCUGAUGACAAUGCUCAAGAAGUGAAGAUGAACUCUUCUGAUAGUUCACCAAAGAACUACUUAAUUAAUAUCUCCUCAAGAAGUUCUGUGCUUCAGGCUUGCAUUAUUACUUCUGGUUUGAUUGCUGCUUUGGGUGUAAUAAUUCGACAGGUAUCUCAUGUUGCAUCGAUAGAGGGAUUGCCAGUGAUUGACUGCACUUCGGAAGUAUCAUUUAGUUUUGAGGUGUGGCAACUUCAGUUGAUCAUAGGACUGGUUGUUCUAAUAUCUUCAUCCCGCUUUUUCCUGUUGAAAACGUGGCCAGACUUUGCUGAAUCCAGUGAAGCAGCUAAUCGGCAGGUGCUCACUUCUCUUCAACCUUUAGAUUAUGCGGUAGUUGCCUUUUUGCCUGGGAUUAGCGAGGAAUUGCUUUUCCGUGGUGCAUUGAUACCGCUCUUGGGAUUCAACUGGGCAAGUGUCGUCGUGACAGCUGCCAUUUUUGGCAUUCUACACUUGGGUGGUGGCCGGAAGUAUUCGUUUGCUAUAUGGGCAACUUUUGUUGGGCUUGCAUAUGGCUAUGCGACCAUAGAGUCCUCCAGUAUCGUUGUGCCGAUGGCUUCUCAUGCAUUGAAUAAUCUGGUUGGAGGAAUUCUGUGGACCUACGAAUCAAGGUCUUUAGAGAAUCUUGAGGAUUGAAAACGAUGUAAACGAACUGAAAGCUGCUGAUUGGUCUCCUCGAAUGUGUGUACGCACUCAUAGGAUCUAAAAUAAACAUAGUUUAACUAAAACAUAUACAUGUAUUAGCAGUCCCGAGAUGUGCGAUUCAAAUUUAAGUGAGUAAAUACAUUGUGUAUAUAAUAACUAUUCAUCAAUAACAGAUAUUUUAUUUCUAAACUUUUUA